GCUGAGAUUUCAUCAUGCAGUGAGCGAGUGUGACUGCCCAUGCUUCUGCUCCGAGUCCUCCCCGCCCUCCUGCUGCACCACCAGCCCCGCUCUCUGCGCACCUCCCUCCUUCCUCUCCUCUCCCGGGGCACAGUCAGCUCCCCAACAGCAGCAGCAACUGCCCGACCCCGACAGCACCUCCGCCCGGCACCUCUCACCCGUCCAGCCCAGCCCAGCAGCGACACCUUUCAGCCCGGGAAUAUGGAGGAACAGCUGGCUCCGCUCAGACUGGCAGUGAAAGAGCAGGGUGAUUUAGUCCGGAAGCUGAAAGAGGAGAAGGUGCCACAGGUUGACGUGGAUCGCGCCGUGGCAGAGCUGAAGGCCAGGAAAAGAACAUUAGAAGCGAAGGAAUUGUCCCUCCAGCCCAAAGAUGACAUUGUUGACCGAGCUAAAAUGGAGGAUACGUUAAAGAGGCGUUUCUUCUACGACCAAGCGUUUGCCAUUUAUGGAGGUGUGAGUGGACUGUACGAUUUCGGGCCUGUGGGUUGCGCUCUAAAAAACAACAUUAUUCAGAUCUGGAGGCAGCACUUUAUCCAGGAAGAGCAGAUCCUGGAAAUCGACUGCACAAUGCUGACUCCGGAGCCCGUCCUUAAAACCUCUGGCCAUGUGGACAAGUUCGCUGAUUACAUGGUGAAGGAUGUCAAGAACGGAGAGUGUUUUCGGGCCGACCAUCUACUAAAAGCCCACCUGCAGAAACUCAUGUCCGACAAGAAGUGCCCAGCAGAGAAGAAGCAGGAAAUGGAAAGUGUUUUAACACAGAUGGACAAUUACAGCCAACAAGAUCUGGCCGACCUCUUUGUCAAGUACAACGUGAAAUCUCCUAUUACUUUAAAUGACCUGACGCCUCCCGUCUCUUUCAAUUUGAUGUUCCAGACUUCUAUCGGGCCUGGAGGGAAUAUGCCUGGAUAUUUGAGACCAGAGACUGCACAAGGAAUCUUCCUCAACUUCAAACGCCUUCUGGAAUUUAACCAGGGAAAGUUGCCCUUUGCUGCUGCACAGAUUGGGAAUUCCUUUAGGAAUGAAAUCUCUCCACGUUCCGGGCUCAUCAGAGUAAGAGAAUUCACCAUGGCAGAAAUAGAGCACUUUGUGGAUCCCAAUGAAAAGAACCACCCCAAGUUUGGCAACUUGGCCGAUAUAAACAUGACACUUUAUUCUUCCAAAGCUCAACUUAGUGGGGAGUCGGCGCAGAAGAUGCGGCUGGGGGAUGCGGUUGAACAGGGAGUGAUCAAUAACUCAGUUCUUGGGUAUUUCAUCGGGAGGAUCUACCUGUACCUUACUAAAGUGGGGAUCUCCCCAGAUAAACUGCGCUUCAGGCAGCACAUGGAGAAUGAAAUGGCUCAUUACGCCUGCGACUGCUGGGAUGCCGAGGCCAAAACCUCCUAUGGCUGGAUAGAAAUCGUGGGCUGUGCUGACCGGUCCUGUUACGAUCUUUCUUGCCAUGCCAGAGCUACCAAAGUCCCCCUUGUUGCUGAAAAACCCCUCAAAGAACCAAAAACAGUCAAUGUAACAGAGUUUGUGGCCAGCAAAGGGGCUAUAGGCAAAGAGUACAAGAAAGAUGCCAAGCUGGUGCUCGAGUACCUCAACAUCUGUGACGAGUGCUUCAUCUUAGAAAUGGAUCAACUUCUGCAAGAAAAGGGGAAAUUUACCAUUGAAACAGAAGGGAAGACAUUUGUGUUGACUAAGGACAUGGUCUCUGUAAAGAAAUCCCAGAAAACCAUUCAUGUUGAGGAAAUCGUGCCCAAUGUCAUAGAGCCGUCGUUUGGCCUGGGGAGGAUCAUGUACACCGUUUUCGAGCACACGUUUCAAGUCCGACAGGGAGAUGAGCAGAGAACGUACUUCACCUUCCCGGCCAUCGUUGCCCCGUACAAGUGUUCCGUGCUGCCGCUGAGCCAGAAUCUGGAGUUUAUGCCGUUCGUUAAAGAGCUGUCCGACGCCUUGACCAAGAAUGGCGUGUCCCACAAAGUGGACGAUUCCUCCGGCUCCAUUGGUCGGCGCUAUGCUCGCACAGACGAGAUUGGAGUGGCCUUCGGGAUCACCAUUGACUUCGAUACCGUGAACCGGACACCUCACACAGCUACGCUCCGAGACCGGGACUCCAUGAGGCAGAUCCGAGCUGCGGUUUCAGAGCUCCCCGGGAUUGUCAGAGACUUGGCCAGUGGUUGCCUCACAUGGGCAGAAGUGGAGAGCAAAUACCCAGUGUUUGAGGGACAGGAGACGAGCAAAAAGGACACCUCGGAGGAGUAAAUCAUUUCUUUUGCUUUAAGGAACACGAUCACCACUUUUUAUCAUUGAUGUUAAUAUUCAACAACACCCCCUUUUAUCCGCAUAAGAAUUAAGGGGAAAUAACUGCAUUAUUCGAUGCUCACAGGGACUCUCCUUAAUUGUCGCCACAACCCGAUUCCAUUAUGAUAUUAAAAAUGUCUGCAAUAUCC